AUGGGUGUCGACACCCGCAGACCGAUCUUACCUGCACCCACUGAAUCUAUUGUCGACACUACCACCACUGGAGGUAGCGUAACAGGGACUGAUUUGGCAACUGACGUAUCUCGACGCACAGACAAAACGUCGUACUCCAUACCGGACGACGGCAGUCCCGUAACUAUCUCCACCCGGCGCAAGAACCGUACCCACGGGGACGAAUCCAAACUGUCCCGGUCAGCGCAGCACUCCCAGACCUCCCUGCUCAUCGAAUAUUUCGAGGGCGGGAAGGGUUCUGGCUCCUUGGUCUCCCGACCCAGUGUCCGAGUUCGAGUCACUCCUUCAAAUUCCCGGAAGCGUAAGGAUUCAAAAGAUCACAUCCAGAUUACUGAAUCCAACGGGAAUCGCAAGCCCGUCUACUCGCGCCGGAUUUCUUUUAGCUCGCCAUCCAAGAACAACAAGUCCAGUGAUGAUUAUAGCAUCUGCUCUUUCAACUCAGGUACCGAUGAGAACCAGCAGCCCUCUGGUCAUACACCCGUGGAAAUCGAGCUUGUGAAUCGCGACCAGAGCAGUGAGCUGUCUAGCGACACAAGGUAUUUCCAGCCUACCUCGGACAUCUCCUCGAUGCCCGCGGAUAGCAUGCUAGAAGCCUCCUCUUCCAAUAUACGACGAAAACGCAGCCAAAGUUCAUCGCGAGAACGCGAGCACAGUCCGGAAUACAAAGACUAUCUCCAGACACCCAGGCGACAAAGAAGCCGCAGCCUGAGUACGGAACGCAUCGCUCAUCGAGUAGCGGAGAAGCUGAGUAACGAUCCCCGUGAGACUUCUAAAGGCCAACGGAAAAAGGGAGACACUGCCGACUUCCACGAACCAGAGUCCAAGUCUCGAUCUCGCUUAUCGGUGUACCCGGACGAAGACAUGAGUCCGAAUCCGAGUUUGCUCAGCGCGUCGGCGUUGUCCGCCCACCGUAAAUCUGGCGAUCAGUAUUCCUUCCGGUCUGGCACCUCCAAGUCAUCGAUCAACAACCCAAAGCUCCUCGAGACCGUUGAAGAUGCCAUCCGUCGAUUGAUCUUGCCCGAGCUAAAAGAGCUCAAGAAGGACCAAAAGGUGAUGACCAAUACGUCCAAAUUUGAACGGGACAUGAAUACAUCCCACUCGUCCGGGAGCACCCCAUCGCGGGACGAGCUCGGAAGACGCCUCUCCAAGCAUGCCAGCGCUCCCGACGUGACACGGCCUACCGUCGUCCUGAAUAAGGAUGACCAGGACGAGGGUAUAGUCCUUUCCGGCGAGCCAGCUCCCUCGCAACAAGACCGCAGACCCAGCGACGCACCAACCGAAGCUAGCUACGUCAAAUGGGGACUUCGGCCAGAACUGACAGAACAGGAGAAGCUACGUCGGCAAAAGAGCAAGGGGCUGCGGGAUGCUGAAAAGGCUGCCAGGGUUGGGUCAGCUCUGACCGCUGCCGCUCUGAAGCACCAUGAUUCUCGUUCCAGCAUCGACAAAACCGAACGACGAAGGCCGAGUGGACCGAGAAGUGGCAACGGCAGUUUCAACGAUACCGAGUUGGUCUUCCAGAAACACAACGUGGCGCCCAUGCCUCUGCGCAGCGCGAUUGAAUCGGACAUGACCAGAGACUCGCUUCUUUCCGAACAGACCGCAGAGCCCUACGGUUCCCGCGAAACCUCCGAAAUCCACGAUACCCGCAGCCCGCAUCGAGAUUUGUUGGAUUCGCGAUAUGACCUUAAACACAGCAAUUUCUCUAGCCACGACCUCUCGCUCCACGAUUAUCCUGAAGAAGAUUAUCGCGAACAGAGCCUUUCACCUGUAGGAGACGCUGCCGCAGGAGCUAUCGCGGCUGCUGCAGCGGCCAAUCUCUUGGAUGAACAUCCUGGGCGUCACGGCUCUAAAUUCACUGACCGUCGGCGCACCCUCAGCCCAAUCCAGAGUGUGGCGAGCAACCAGAGCGAGUCCCACAUCAAACAGGAUUCAAUCCAACCCGUUGAACAUGACUUUUCCGGGACUGAGAGGGAAAUGGAACAACGCCUCUCCAUAGAUUCGCUUUCAUCUGCCCCAAGCACCAACCUUGCAAGGUCAUCACGGCCUCACGGUAUCAGCCCUGCAGGCCAAAAAGAAUUCCUACGACAUAACAACAAGUAUGGGGCUGAACUUGGGUAUGAAGAAUCCCCCGCCAUGUCACCACGAUCGAUGACGGAGACCGCAAGUACUGACCCCAAAAGGAUGACCGGCUUUACGGACGAGAGUGAGGUGAGCUACAUGGAAAAGGUAAACCAACGUCAGCCCGUUGCAGGCAUCGGUGCCAACCCCCAGGUUAUCCAUCCCAUCGCAGUCGAAUCCGCGGUAGCCUCUCUUCUUGAUCCGUCAAUUGUGGACACGAAGUCCAACCAGUCUGCGCCAAAUCGCUCACAGACUGAUCUCUCCCGGCGUUUGGAAGGCCAAAGUCCCAAGCCAGUGGAAAGGGCAAACCAGACUCCUCACGGAUCCCGCCAAGGAAGCCCCCUAAAACAACGUCAAGACGCCUCCAGUCCAGACGCGACCUCCUUUCCCCGACGAAUGGGAGCCACAUCGCCUCCCCAGAGUGUUACACAGUCACUGGAAGACCAGACCGACCCAACGCACAUGUUUUCUGAAGGCAUCCAUGACCGUGAGAGCCCCAGUCCAGAAGCCGACCGAAGCCCGGAUUCUGAAUCGGAAAUCAAUACGAAUCCUUCUAUUAUCCAAGGCCCAAUCGGAGGAGGCAUGCAUGGAGGUAACUGGGCAUAUGAGCAGACGCCAGAUAACCGUGGCCAGUCGCCUAUAUUUGACAAUGCUGGCUCCGCUGGCAAUACAGGCCCGGGGUCAGGUGACCAACCGGAUUACGGUCAUGACUACUAUGAAACGAACGACUACAAUCCCGAUAACUACCUUAAUCAUCAGUACUCAAGAGGUCCGUUGUUUGGAACGCCGCCAGGCAAGGAUGAGGGCUAUGUGUCCGCCCCAAACCCUCUCUCACCGGGUGUCGAUACCCCGGAGCCUUUGGACAAAGGGUUCGGUGGUAUGGACACCAAUGGUAUGGGUCUCUUCGACAGUCCUACUGGAGCUGAUGAUCAGUUCAUGUCUGGUCACCAGCGGCAACUCAGUGGCUACUCCCAGGGUGUCGGCUCGCCCCUGUACGACAGUGCAACUGGGAGGGGCAUUGACCGUAUCCAGUCCCAAGAUAUUGUCGCACUCAUGGACCAUCUCACUGUGCGGGACGCCCAGCGGAAUGCCCGUGAUACGGAGAUUCUGGUUACCCUUGUUAGAAGCGCAGCGGAAAUGCGCAACUCCUUCGAGGAAAUGAAGAAGUUCAUUGCUCAGCAGGAUGGAAUGCUCAUGGAGGCAAGUGACAAGCAGCAUGACCGAACAUACCGAGCUCUCGGAGGGCCUCGACCAUUGCCGGCCAGCACCAGAAGCGCCCGCCAGUCCUCUGCAGAGGACGAAGACCUACGCUCUAAGCGUAAGAACGUUUUCAAGCGUGCACUUAAGGGACUCAGUCUCAAGUCUUCCAACGACCUGUCCAGGAUCGAGGACAUGCUCGAGCAGCUGCUGGAUGAGGUUGAAGCACUCCGCGACGGUCAAGACGAGAGGCUGGGCCGCAGCGGACCUCGGUCUGCCAGUGUAGAUCCAGAAGGCUACGAGCCCGAAGGACAUGCUGGAACUUCUUCCCCCGACCAUUCCGGGUACUUGCUGUCAACUUCUUCUCGGCCAAUGCCGGAAUCUCGUGGUAAUGGACUGCGGAGAGAUUCUGAACAUCGUGUCAGCACUGUUCCAGAAGCCGAUGAGGAAAUGGAACUCAACGAGCGUGGGAAGUUCUUGAGCCCGAACCCGACAAACGACCAACAGGACAGGGCUGGACCCUCCUCGGCCUCCACACCACCUCGGGCACCCAUGGCCUCUGGCGCUCUCAGUAAUGAAACGUCCCCGAAGACAAAUGAGAAGUCCAAGAAGCACAAGUCAAGCAGCUCCUCGUUCUUUCCCAAGAUUUCCCGUUGGUCUAAAACCACGGCUUCUUCCAUGGGAGACAAUAUCCGCAAUAGCAUCCAGCCAGGCCGCAAGGAGCGCCCGUCUUUCGAUGCUUCGCGUUCAGGGUCCGAUAUCCAGGGACCGUACAAGGCCGCUGACUGGUACGAUCCGCAAGGCGAUGACAGACUGCGGUCGACCUACACUCUGGAUGAUCAACAGCAGGAGAACCGGCCCCCCUCGCCUUUGGUUCCUUCCCAGGUUUCGGAAGCUCCGAAGUACAGAGCUCACCGAGGCAGUCUGGAUCUUCAACAUCCUCAGCCUCGCCAGGGGCCUACUGGCCGAUACCAGUCUCAGCUAGAAACACAAGCUCAGAUCUACGGGAUGCCGUCUGGUGCCCCCUCGGACCAGUGGAAUUCGAAUCCGAGCUUGUCAGCUGGGAACCCCAAUCCGCGACACAGCAGUGGCGCCAGCCGCCUCUCCCCUAUCUCGGAUGUGGGCUACUCAGAGGCCAGCUCUCGACAUACUGGUCCACCGAGACCCCCAAAGAUUAAGGAUGAUGGUCCAUUGGUCCCUGAGCGGCCGCCAAAGGUCAAGGAGGACGAUGAGCGAUCGUACGUGGAUCGCGUUGCUUCGCGGAAUUCUGCAUUACUCUCUUCCCCACGCAGCACACCGCCUCCCCGUAAACCUACUGGGCCUCGUCCGCUAAAUUCGGGCAGCCAAUAUAGCAGUCCUAGCCGAAGGAAGCGAAGUCAAUAUCGAGCAAGCCCUGACCAGGUUGACGAGGAAUCUCUCUACUAG